UGUUCCAUAGGCCAAGGUGACCAUCAGGAGGAGACGGGCUGUCAAGCUGACGUAGCUGGAAGGCGACGAGAGGGUCGGUUUUAUAUUUUUAGCAGCGAGGUUUUGCCACAAUGGCUGCUGUUAAAGAAGAGAUCCAGCUUGGUCCUCCAGAGAGCAAGAGUGAACCUUGUGACAAGGCAACCCUUCUUGAUAAUGGCGAGGACUUUGAGAUGCUCAGUGAGGAUGAUGAGAAUGAUCUCAGUGAUCUCCCACCCUUAGAAAAUGCGGAAAGAGAGAAGAUAACAAAAACUGAACAAAGGAAAGAAACUGUACAGGUGCAGGAGACAGUGGAUGAAUGGAUGGAGGUGCUAGGAACCAAAUUGCUAAUGAAAAAGAUUUUGGUUGUUGGCCAAGGAGAGGAUACAAGACCAAAGAGAGGCCAGCUUGUUACAAUUCGCUUAAAAACCAUGCUGGAAAAUGGAACUGUUUUAGAUGAUCGGGAAAGUCUCUCUUUCACCUUGGGAGAUGGUGAUGUAAUGCAGGCUCUGGAUCUCACGGUGCAACUAAUGGAAGUCAAUGAGACAGCCCUAAUUUUUACUGAUGCCAAAUAUGCUUAUGGCUGUCAGGGGAGCACUGACCCCUGUGUAUCUCCAAACACCAGCCUUAAUCUGGAAGUGCAAUUACUGCAGGUAGUAGAUGCCCCAGACUUGGAGGACAUGACACCUCAAGAGAAGAUUGAACUGGCUGACAAGAAACGAGAGCGUGGUAAUUUUUAUUACCAGAGGGGUGACUAUGUUUUUGCCGUCAACUCAUAUACUAUUGCCCAGAAAGUGACAGGUUCAAGUUCAAGAGUUGAUAUCACUCCAGAAGAAGAGGCUGAACUGCUGGAUAUUAAAGUGAAAUGUCUCAACAAUUUGGCAGCAUCACAGCUGAAGCUAGAACAUUACGAGAUGGCUUUAAAGUCUUGCAAUCAGGUCUUGGAGCAUCAACCAGAUAACAUCAAAGCCCUUUUUAGGAAAGGCAAGGUGCUGGCUCUGAAAGGAGAAUACUCGGAAGCUAUUUCAAUGCUAAGACGAACUUUGAAGCUUGAACCGUCCAACAAGACCAUCCAUGCAGAGCUCUCCAAGUUGGUGAAGAAGCACUCUGAGCAGAAAGACAAAGAACAAGCAAUGUAUAAAAAGAUGCUUGGCAACCCUAGCAGCGUGGCUUCCCUAAAGUGUACCAACAAGCAAUCUUGGAAUGUAAACUGGAAGUGGCUGUUUGGAGCAACAGCUGUUGCCAUUGGAGGAGUGGCCCUGUCUGUGGUCAUUGCAGCCAGAAACUGAUUUUUCUCCUCUAUGCAGACCUUGACCACCUUUCAAAUGUUUCCUCAUGGUACUACGUUGUUGGCGGCUGUGAAACAGCUCUCUUCUUAAACAACAAACCAACAGACGAAGUGAGAUGGUGGUUUGCUGUUUGUGGUUCGCUUGGAUUGCGUGCAAAGUGAAGCGCAGAGAAGAAACCUAAAAUGUUCUGAUGCUUUUUAAAGAAGUUUAAGAAAGUUAUAUAUACUGUAGGGGAUAAUAUGCACCAUCAUGAAUUUUUGCUGAGUCAUGUAAAUAUUUCUGCUUAAGUUGAUGUUUAUGGUCAUAGGCGAUUACUCGGUAUUUAGUGGGUCAUCCCAGGCCAGUCUGUUUCUUUCCUAACACUUUGUCACUUGACUUGUUACACAAUCUGCUGUUAAACUAUUUAAAGAAUUUUUGAGACUGUAAAUACCUCCUCUACUUUGUCAUAUAACACUAGGUUUAUAUACAUCAUUAUUUAAUUUGGCCUUUAAUUGUUAGAUUUUUUCUGCAUUUUUCUUCUCACAGGCUAAUGAGCAUUUUUAAGUAAAUGGUAAUGUGAACAUUUGUCUUUGUAUGUCAUGUCUGAAAUUGUCCUUGGUCUGUUAGGGUUCCAAAACAUGUGACAAAGUAAUAUUUGGAACAGCCACACUCAAUUUCAUUUCUGUAUUCCCAUUUAAAUAUAUGGUCUUUGGUCCUAAAUAUAUGUGAAAGAGGCGAGACUAAGUUACCCAUAUCUGAUAGGAUAAGUAGAGCCCCAAGCACCUGAUUUUAUUUAAGGUUGUUUUUUUUUUUAAGAAAAAACAUUUAAGGAUGCAAGGCAGCAUGGCAAGAUGGUGUCAGGUCAUCCUCUCUUAAAUGAGUAAUAAUUUAACUUUACCUGUAUUUCUUUUGAGCUUACCCUUUAAAAUACAUUUCUGGAGCUGGUUGAAUCUCCCCAUUUUUUUCAUACAUUCUGCUUGGAAAAAUAAGUCUUCAUAAUCAGAGAAUAUUGGCAAGUAUCAUCGGAGGAUAUGAGAAUUUCAGUAUUUACAGCUAAGUAGUGUGUAGGAGCAGAAAGGCAAGGAGAUUGAAGGGUCCUUGCUGCCCUAACCCCUGCCAUACACUUGUCUGUCUUAAUAUUCUGGCACUGGCCACUCUUUCUUUAUUUUUUUUAGUUUUUGUACUUAUAUAGAAAAGUCCAUUUUCUGUUUAACAUAAAUGCAAGUUUUUGAACCCUAAUUAAUGUGAAAAUAUGUGACUUUUACCAAAGUUACUCAGCAUCAUAAACUGACACAAUUCCCAGUGACUACUCGCCUAUGUCACUCACAAUAAACAAACGCCUUCCUGCCUGUAUAUCCGUUGUAUGUUUAUGUAAGGUAAUAUGUGGCAUUUUCAGAGCUAGUAGGGGAAUUUAUUUUGCCUUUUUAAUAUUUUUUCAUUAAAACCAGAUUAAAAUGCAUUCCAUCCAUUUUAAAGUUCUGGUAAUACAGAUUGUACUGUUAGGGAGCUUUUGCAGCAUUCAGUUGGACUUAUAGUGUAUUAAUAAGCUGAUCUAAUAAAAUUCUAUAUACUCUAUCUAAGGUGAAAGUGGCACAUAGAUACCUAACUGACAAUUCUUUAUGAAAUAUUUUUGCCCACUGUUUUAAAGACUUCUCAGUGACUUUAUCAUGCUGUUAAACCCACAUGUUGCCUUGCAGAACAAUAUAUUUUGGGACCAAGCUAUCAUUUUGGGGAGGCUAUUAGAAAAAAAUGAAAUUUAAUAUAAAGCAAAUUUAGAAAAAAGAGCUUCCUAAUAUCUGCCAGUGAGAAAAUUAGGUGGUGAUCCUGGGUGUAUUUAUUUUUGGACUCCCAAGUAAUUAUAUAAAAUAUAAAAUAUUGACCUGUAAAAACUUUUAUUAAAAUAUAUUGUUUCAUAGUU